GUGUGAAUGUUCCAACACAUUUCUCCACUUUCCGCUGUGAUUAAACGGCAAAAAUGCUGAGAAGGGCUGUUCGGAGAAAAGACGAGACAUCUGGGACGAAGAGAGAAGGCACUGAAGAUGCAGGAGAAGAUACAGAGGGCCCCAAGAAGGUUCUAAGAACGUUCCAAGACAAGAAAACGUGGAAGGCAGCUCGGAAGGCCAAGGAGGAGUCCGCCUUGGAGGAGCUUGUCCUGGGAAGACGGCAGGAGGAGCCGACAGACAGACUUCAAGACGCAGAACACCAGUCUGAGGAUCCGUCUGAGGAGGGUUCUGAUGAUGAUGUGGACAGUCUGGGGGUCGUAGACACCCGGGAAGCUGCUUGGGUGGACGAUGAUGAUGAUGAUGAUGACAGAACACGGGUUGAGAAGACGUCAGAUGUUCCAUCGUGGGCGCAAACGUCACAGGGAAGAAAACGUCAGCACGAGUCAGAUGACGACAGUGAUGAGGAGUUGUUACAGCACACAGGAGACCUGCUGGCCGAGUCCUCGGCUCUGCCUCGCGGGAACAUCAACAUCAAACGCUGCAGCGACGUCAACAAAACAUACCCACACCAGGGCCCUGUUAGAAGAGUAGAGUUCCACCCAUCAGCACAGGUGUGUCUGACUGCAGCACAGGACGUACUGGGGCUCUUCCAGGUUGACGGCAGGAACAACCCUAAGAUCCAGACGUUACACCUUGAGAAGUUCCCAGUCAGGACGGCCCACUUCAGCACCUGUGGGAGGGAGGUCAUCCUUGCAUCCACCUUCAAGUGGUUCUUCGUGUAUGACAUGAUCGCUGGCAAGGUCAUCAAGAUUCCCAAAAUAAGAGGAGUAGACGAUACCAGCCUGUCCCGGUUCGAAGUGUCUCCAGACGGGAGGUUCCUGCUGUUCCUGGGGAAGAACGGCUUCCUGCACCUGCUGUCUGCUAAGACAAAGGAAUGUGUGAGCAGCCUUAAGAUGAACAGCGAUGUUUCAGCAGGGACCUUCUCCAAGGACAGUCGACACCUGUAUUCAGUAGGAGAUGAUGGGGAGGUGUACGUGUGGGACGUGGGGACUAGAGACUGUAUCCACAAGUUUGUGGACGAAGGCUGCACACACGCAACCACCAUCGCUCUGUCACACAACUCCAAGUACCUCGCUACGGGGUCCCAGAGUGGGGUAGUGAACAUCUACGACACACAGCGCGCCCUGACCAGCUCUUACCCGACACCACUGAAGGCUCUGCUCAACCUGACCACACCCGUCACACAGACGACCUUCAAUCACACGGGAGAGGUCAUGGCCAUGUGCAGCAACGAGGUGUUCAAGGCUGCCAGACUGGUCCACCUACCGACCUUGAGCGUGUUCUCUAACUUCCCUGAGGCUGACAGCACGGUGAAGCGGGUGCAGUGUCUGGACUUCUCUCCACACAGCGGGUACCUGGCAAUGGGCAACAACCAGGGAAGGGCAAUGCUUUACAGGAUCAAACAUUACAAGGACUUCUGAUACAACCUGUGCCACGGCCAUCUUGUCAUCAAGGUCAUACCACCAACCUGCCUGUCCUACAGAGCACCCACAGCUCCACACGAUUGGACAACCGUAGUCAUCUGAUCAGGAUAAUAAUUAUCAUAGUUAUAUGGUCAAGCAGGGAUUUUUCUCAAGAGAAAAAAUAACUGAAAAAGAAAUUUGCCUCAGUCUAGUUUUAGCUGAGUUGAAAAACUUUUGUACUGAAAGCAUAUGUAUCAAGAAGAUAUACAUAUAUG